AUGAUUUUGAUACUUAUUGGGCGAGUUGUCGAAGGUACUGGUGUUGGUUGUUCUUCAUUUUCCUGUCCUUUAUAUGCUUCAGAAAUAGCUCCAACGAAUCUACGUGGAAUGCUUUCUGGCUUUAUGCAAAUGACUGUAGUCAUUGGGUUGUUUGUUGCUAAUAUAGUAAAUAUUUUACUACAAAAUCAUAGAUUGGGCUGGCGAUUAUCAAAUGGCAUUAUUUUAAUCGCUCCAGUUAUAAUUAUGAUUGGCAUAUUUUUUUGUCCUGAAACUCCUCGAUGGUUGUACAAGAAAAAAGGUCGUGAACUAGCCGAAAAAAGUUUAAAGCGUAUUCGUAGAAUAGACAAUGUAACUGCUGAGUUAGAUGCUAUUUCUGAUGCCAUAGAAGAAGAAGGUGCUCAAGUUUCAAUGAAAGAACUAUUUGCAAAAAAAAAAAUGCUCGAAAGACUUGGUGUUGGUAUAGCCAUACAUAUUUUACAGCAGGCAACGGGUAUUAAUCCUAUAUUUACAUAUGGUGGUAUUAUUUAUGAAAGUGUUCUUCGAAAUGGCAUCAUAUCAUUAUUGAUUUUGUCUGGUACAAACUUACUAAGUACAAUACCAGCUCUAUUCUUGGUCGAUAGACUAGGGCGUCGAAAGCUUCUCAUAGUUGGUGGUCUAGCUAUGGUAAUUGGUCAUCUUGUAGCAGCAACAAUAUUUGUUACAGGUUGUGCAGUAGAUAAAGGUACUAUCAAUGGAACUGCAGCAAGUACAGAACAUGUGCAUUGUAAAACGAGUUCUGGUAUACUGAUGCUUGUCGCUACAGCUGUUUUUGUAGCUUUUUUUGCGCUUUCUUGGGGACCGAUCGCCUGGAUUUAUGCAGCUGAGAUUUAUCCUCUUAAUGUUCGAGCCAGAGCUAUUUCAAUAACGACAGGAAGCAACUGGUUUAUGGGUACGAUUAUGUCUUACAUAUUAGAAUUAAUAACACCAAUAGGAUAUCAUGGAGUCUUUUAUCUUUUCAGUGGUCUGACUUUAUUAGCUGUAAUUUUCGUAUAUCUCUUUUGUCCGGAAACAAGAGGAGUUUUAUUAGAAGAUAUUGAAGACGAGUUUGAUAAUUUUCAAUUGAAGAAUAGAACAGUAGUAAAACUAUGCAGAUCAUGUCAUGGGAAAAGAAAAACGAUUCAAGUGAACACUAUUGAAAUGCGAUCAUAA